UCGGCGGAAGUUGUGAUACGUCAGUGCCCUCGUGUUAUGAGCACGCACGCGCUCCCGUGUGUGUGCUGCCUGUGUUUCAGUGGGUGAUCCCGCUGGGAAGAAGUGAUGGCAGGGCACGAGCAGACACUCAGAGAGGAAUGAGAACUUGUCGGGGAUGGCGGAUAAACCUUCGACACUGUUCGUGAAGCUGUUUGCCGCCGCAUUUUACGGUCUGAGCUCGUUCCUGAUCGUCGUGGUGAACAAAAGUGUCCUCACCAACUACAGGUUCCCCUCAUCAAUAUGUGUCGGAAUAGGACAAAUGUUGGCCACAGUGAUUGUGCUGUGGGUGGGCAAGGCAGCAAGGGUGAUAACCUUCCCAGAUUUUGAUGAGAGCAUACCUCACAAGACAUUUCCUCUACCUCUCCUUUUUGUGGGAAAUCAAAUCACUGGUCUGUUUGGUACCAAAAGGCUUAAUUUGCCAAUGUUUACAGUCCUAAGGAGGUUCUCCAUCUUGUUCACAAUGCUGGCUGAAAGCUUUCUGCUUAAGAAGAAAUUCUCCAGGCCAGUCCAGAUGACAGUAUUUACAAUGAUCCUUGGGGCGUUUAUAGCCGCAAGUGCCGACUUGUCCUUUGACCUGCAAGGCUACGUCUUUAUUCUCCUGAAUGAUGUCCUGACUGCAGCCAAUGGAGCCUAUGUGAAACAAAAAUUAGAUGCAAAGGAGUUAGGGAAAUAUGGAUUAUUGUACUACAAUGCUUUAUUUAUGAUCAUUCCCACUCUGAUCUUGGCUCAUGUAACUGGAGAUAUGCAGAAGGCUGCAGAGUUUGACGGCUGGUCUGAUGCAUUUUUCCUCUCCCAGUUCAUCCUCUCCUGUGUCAUGGGGUUUGUCCUGAUGUAUUCCACGGUACUAUGUACACAGUACAACUCAGCGUUAACAACUACCAUUGUGGGGUGCAUCAAGAAUGUCCUGGUGACGUACAUCGGGAUGGUAUUUAGUGGAGAUUACAUUUUCUCAUGGACUAACUUCUUCGGUUUAAACAUCAGUAUUGCUGGUAGCCUGGUGUACUCGUACAUCACUCUCACAGAGGAACAGUCCAGCAAAGCAAGUGACAACAACAAGCUGGACAUGAAGGGGAAGGUGGUCGUGUGACAGAGACACUGGAUUUUAUCGUUUUUAUUCUGAUGAACACGAAGAACUGGAGUGUUUUAGCAGCUGAUGUGCAGAACUGGUGGGAAUGAUUUUCCAGAAAAUUUCCACGGAGAUGGAGCUAUGAUGUCACCAAGCCUCUUCUGUUGCUGCAGUGGUUACAAAAUCCUCCAGAGGGAUUAGAGGCUGAUAUCUGAUACCUUUUAGAUGACGUUUUCUUUUUAAAUAUUUUUUAUUUUGGUACUGUACUAAUGUGUUUUGAGAACAAGGGAAGUGGAAUCAAGUGAUAUUUAUAAAGAUUUUUUUUUAGUAUUUAGACAAACUGAACAUUUCAUGGUGACAUGUUAAACAGCUGGAUUCAUCAGCUGUUCUAAGACAUCACAUAGAUAUUAAAUGGUUAUUUUAAAGACACAAUCUUUGUUUUUAUUGCCUUGUCUGUUUUGCUGUUUACAAGGAAUGUGACUUUAAAUGUCUUCUAAGCACAGUGAGAUGCAACAUUCAGUCUUUAACCUUAAACUUUUCCCCUCAAAACAACCAAAGUAGAUGGGCAUUAGUUUGAGUUCCUGAUAAAGAUUGUGGCUUUAAAUGUUUCUGCCUCCUCUUUUUGGAGACUAUUUAAAACUGUUUACAUUUUUACUCCCUCAGUAUUAGAGUUCGUAAACUCUCCAAGGCUUGGAGUUUGGUUCUGUUCAUGAAGAAUUAAUACAUAAUAGGAUUCAUUGUGAGGUUUUAGUUUGCCUGUUUUACCUCCUCACAAUGUUCUUGUACUUUUUAACAGAUGUAGCGGCUGCAAAGCAACAAACAAAUUCUCACCUACUGUUUUACAUUCAUGUAAUGUAUUAAUUGUGGUACUUGGGUAUUUAAAUGAUUCAUAUCCAGAUAGGGAUGCUGGCUUGUUUUCUACAUUUAUAUCUGCUCAAUUUUAUAUUUAUUUAUUCUUUUUUUUGUUUGUUUUAGACAUUGUUUUUUCAGGUGGAGUUGAAUGAAUUGUCAGUGUAUCAUCUCCAAUAAGUCAUUUGUAACUUAAAAAAAAAAAAAAGUAUUUUUACAUUAAAAAGGACCUGAAUUGUUUUUCCAGUCUGCAAUUUAAACAUUUUUGUUUCAAGUAUAAUUAUGGGUUCAUACUAUAUUUUUAUAUUGUUUGAUGCUCAGUUUUGGAUAAUAAUGCAUCCUAUGUUUGGCUGUUUUUAUAUGUCCAGCUGAACAAAUAUCAGGGUAACUGAAUCAGAAUUACUUUAA